AUCGUAUUUUUAGGAGUACAUUUCCACGUUCACGGUACGGAAGAAGGCUCAAACUACCACUGGGGCUAGGAAACGUCCUGUGGAAAGGCCCAAAACCCCUAGGAAAACCUUGUCAAAUGUGCGCUAGGCCGCCAAGAUGCUUAAGACCACGGGCGCCGCUGGUAACGCUGGAGCCGCCCCGCCGCCGCCCCGCCCCCGCCCCGCCGUCAGUGUGUUGCAGGCAGUGAUGGUGUUAGGUAGUGCUCGCGCGCCUUGAUGACGGCCUGGUGCCCCCUCCUCUGUGUAGCAGGGGUGCGGCUUCUGGCCCUCCUGCUGCUGCUGCUGUGCCCCUGCUGCCUCCACGCCCAGCACCACCACCAGCAGCAGCAGGACCCCGGCGCGGCGGCCUCCGGGGGGCGCCGCGCCUUGGUCACGGUCUCCCUCAACAUGCAAGACCGCCACGGCAAGUACAGCCAGCAGGAGGUGACUCUGUGGGGCGCCUUCUCCCCCCUCGCCGCCGCCGCCUCCGCCGAGGGAAAGGUGAUCCAGAUGCACCCGGCGGCCCUGUGCGAGAAACAACGGAAUGACGGCCUGAACUACGAGUACGGCUGGGUGGGGUUCUUCAAGCCAGAGGUGGUGCCAGGCCUUAGCAAGAAGUGCCACUCGGUCUACGAAAUGGCCCGGUAUGCCAUGGAACGCGGCGCCACGGCCAUUCUUGUGGACAUUGAUGGGCUGGUGGCGGCGCAGGAAGAGCUGUUUCAGGAGGCCCCACCCCACGACCUGCUCAAGCGGCCUGUGGUGGUGCUCUUCCCCGCGCAGGCCAAUAAGCUACAGAAUAUUAUCAUCAGUCGCCGCGCCCAGGAGCCCCACGCCCGCAUCGAGCUGCCCCCCGCGCGAGACCACUUCGACUUGGGCAUCUUUCUCACCUGCUUCCUGCUCAUUGUCCUCGUGUGUCUCGCCAUCGUAGCCAAGAUGCGCUGGCGGAGGAACAACAAGCAGAACACCCUCGCGCAGCAGGCAAAGCGGGCGCUCAACAGAAUGGAGUGCAGAAGAUACAAGGAGAAGAAGAAAGACGAGAAACAGAGAAUAAAGGUGAAACUCAAAAAGAAGAAGAAAAAGAAGAAAAUUAAAGUUAUCUCAGGCGAAGGAGGAGGAGGAGGAGGUGGAGGAGGAGGAGGAGGAGGUGGCGGUGGUGGUGGUGGUGGUGGAUGUGGUGGUGGGGGAACAGGAAGAGGAGGAAGAGAAAGUGAUACGACGAAAGGAGAAGAGGAAGAAGAGGAAGAGGAGGAGGAAGAAGGAGAAGAGGAAGAGGAAGGAAGCCAUGAGAUUUCCGUAUUAUCAGAGGGACCGGAGGUCUGUGUGGUGUGCUUGGAGGAGUACCGCCCCCAGCAGGAGCUCCGCGUUCUCCCCUGCAAGCAUGAGUUCCACCGGUCGUGUGUUGAUCCCUGGCUGCUGCAACACCGAACCUGCCCGCUCUGUAACUACAAUAUUAUAGAGGGCUGCUACGAGAGCCCCCCGGCCACGUGCACGGCGGCGCCCCCGCUGCCCCCCGCGCCGCCCCUCUACAGCACGCCGCCCCCCGGCCAGCAGGGCGCGUGCGGCCACCCCGGCUGCCCGGCGCUGCUGUCAGGGGCGUACAGCCCCGUGCCCCCGGGGUACAUCAGCCCCCCGCCGGGGUAUUCCAGUCCCCCCCUGGGAAGCAUGGCGUACGGGGGGGCGGGGGGCGUUGCCAGCGGGUACACCAGCCCCCUGGGCUACACCACGCCCCCCAGCGGCUACCUCAGCCCCGGGGUGGUGGUGGCGGCGGGCGCGGCGGGCUACGCGGCGCCCCGCCCCGGCUACCUCAGCCCCCACGCCUCCUUCCUGGGCCCCCUGGCGGGGUAUAGCCUGCCGCCCCCCUGCGGUUAUGGCCCCACCACGCCGCCCCCCGGCCACCCGGCGCCCCCCAGGGGCUUCGGGAGUAGCUGCGGCCACGCCUCCUGCCUCAUGUACCCCCCCGUGCCCGCCAUCGACCCCCGCUGCGGCCACGGGCACGUACCCCCGCCCCUCGCCCCCCAGCACGGUCCCCCGCCCCCCCACGGCCCCCCGCCGGGCUCCAGCAGCGAGGAGACGGAGCACCAGAUUGUGAGCGUGGAGGUGCAGCAUCAUGGCGCCGUCACAUUCCAGGGAGCGGGUAUCGGGGGGGGCGGGUCAGGGGGGGCGCGUGGUCCCCUCCCCGCGGCGCCCCUCAGCAGGGAGCAGCUCGCCCCCUUCCUGGCGGCGCUAGCGGCCCUAAGGGAGGAGCGGGGGGGCGGCAGUGAGGGGGGCAGCGGGGGGGGCAGCGACGUGUCCGCCUCCUCCCUGGACAACCUCUCCUGCGAAGCCCUCCCCCCCUCCUCCCCCCGCACCUCCAUCGAGUCCCUCCAGUCCCGCCGCCCCCCACCCCCCCGCCGCCACGCCCCCCACCCCUCGCCCCCCCUGGAGGACUCACGGGGCAGGCGGGCGGCGCGGCGCUCGUCCUGGAUCCCCCCCGGCGUGCCCCCCGCCCCCAUCCACCCCCCACUUGCUCACCACGUCCCUGAGGUGGCCAUCGCCGCCCCCCACCUGCCCCCCGUCACCCCCGCCAGAGGAAGUGCAGAGUUCGCCCCCGCCUCCCACCUACCGCCCCCCCUUCACCAGCCCGCCCCCCUCCACCGCCUAUCACUACACUCAGGUAAGGAACACAAACCAACUCUGUAUAUAACUGUGUAAAAUUAUAACUAGAUA